GGUCUGCUGGCCCCAGGGACUGCUUUUGCGCAGUUGACACCCUAACGUGACUGGACGCUCAUCUCUAAGAUUUGUCCCAAGACCUUCUGCGGCAGAGUGAACUGCUUUUUGAUUUCCUUCAGGGAAAGCAGAUCUGCAGAGGUUUGCAUUUUGUAUUCCUUCCUCAAAUGGGCGUGUUCUCUGCAGCAAAAGUAUAAAAGCCGGUGGCCGUUCUGUUAUAGCAGAGUCAGUAGAGCGACAUCUACAAUCGGGUCCCUCAGAAGAGCUGUACCGCAUAGAAGCUUGUUUGCCGCAAGAUGUUUGCAGAUAUUCCCCGACUCUCCUCUCGGUUGUCAAACGGCACGGCGAGGGGUCCAACCUACCGCUCCCCUCAUGCUUUUCGGAGUUCCGGAAUCUCGUCCGUGACUAACUCGACCACCUUCCGCAAGACCGGCACUGGACGUCCACUUUAUUCUGCAGCAGGCAACCCGGCCAGAAUCGAUCACGUAGACCUGUCCGGUACUACCGCUUUGACUAAUGAACUGAAGAUCAUCCGCACCAAUGAAAAAGAGCAGUUGCAAGGACUAAAUGACCGCUUCGUGUCCUUCAUCGAGAAGGUGCAUCAGUUGGAGCUGCACAACAAGGUCCUGGAGGCCGAGGUGACGGCACUGAGGCAGCAGCAGACCGAGCCGUCCCGUUUGCACGAUGUCUAUGAGCAGGAGAUCCGAGAACUGCGCUCCCGGGUGGAGGAGCUGACCCACGAGAAGAGCCAGGCCGAGCUGUAUUGCGCUCAGCUUGCCGAUGCGCUGACCAAGACUAAAGAAAAGCUGGAAGAGGAGAGCAAACAGCGGGAGGUGGCCGAAGACACCCUGUCGGGCUACAGAAAGGACGUGGAUGAUGCCACUUUGAAUCGCUUACAGCUGGAGAAAAAGGUCGAGAAUCUGCUGGAGGAAAUCACCUUCCUCAGAAAAGUGUAUGAAGAGGAGCUGAAGGAGCUGCAGGCUUCUUUGCAGUCUAGUCAGGUAUCUGUAGAUGUGGACAUCGCCAAACCUGAUUUAUCAACAGCACUGAAAGAUAUCCGCAUUCAGUAUGAGAAUCUCUCCUUGAAGAACCAGCAGGUGGCUGAGGAGUGGUAUGUUUCCAAGUAUGCUAAUGUGACUGAGGCAGCGACCCGUGACGAUGAGGCUGUCAGGCAGUCCAAGGAGAAGAUCAGUGAGUAUCGUCGACAGCUUAAAGCCUGCAACUUAGAAGCCGAUGCCCUGCGAAGCAACAACAAGGCCAUGGAGAGACAGAUUGAAGAGAUUGAGGACCGACACCAGCAGGAGAUCAAUGGAUUCCAGGAAAUGAUUAAGAAACUUGAAGGCUCAUUGAGGGCAACAAAAGAGGAAAUGUCCCGCCAUCUUCGUGACUACCAGGACCUACUGAAUGUAAAAAUGGCAUUAGAUAUUGAAAUUGCUGCUUACAGGAAACUUCUGGAGGGUGAAGAAGCCCGUCUCAAAGUGGUUUCAGGAAAUCUACAGCACUAUGGAUUUUCCAGCUAUCAAAUGACCUCCUCAGUACCAAGAUUUAGUUCCUUCUCUGCCCACACAAAGGAAGAACUUGAGAGCAAUGAAGAUGAGGAUGAACAAAAAGAUGAGGAAGUGGAAGGAGAAGAAGAAGAUGAAGAAGAAGAGGAAGAAAUGAAAACAACAGGGAGCUCACACAAUGGAAAGCAUUAGUGAUUCUCGGGUGGCUCUCCCAGAAUUUCCUGUCCCUCAUCCUCUUCCUCGUCACCAAUCAUCUCUCAGUUAUACUAGUUUAAGAUGGUCAUGAAAAGCAGCUUAAUAGCAUCAAGGUGUCCACAAACCGUGGUCCGCAUGCAAAGUGAUGCAGCAAAUCUGACAUCACAAUUUCCAGGUUUGGUGCUGUAGAUAACCAAGGUUUAGCCUUGCCAUGUGCCAUUGUCAAAGUAGAUGACAUUCUUUGAGCAGGCACAAGGUGCACAGGUACACUAAAGUGCCAUGAAAGGUGUUUGUACUUGGGUCCGAUUUUCUGCAUUAUUGUGUAUUUCUCAGAGUGAGUGUUAUCAAAUUUUUAACUGAAACCCGAUAUUAGAUUAAAGGGAAAUUCAGUGAAUGAACAAAACAAAGUUGAAAACUUACCUUUAUUUUUUAUUAAAGAGAGUUAUGUAACUCCCAAUUUCCAAUGUGAAAAACAUAAUUGGACUUACAUUCUAUAACGACGGCCACAUGUUUAAUUUCAUUAUUGAUGAGUGCCGUGAAGCACCAUGGAAAGAUUUUUCUUCCUCUCCUCCUUUUAGGAUUUCCUCAAGUCUUCACAUUUCUGAGUUUUUGGAUGUGAACUGUUUUUUUUGUUUUUUUCAGGUUUUUGUCACAACACCAUAGUGAGACUUAGUUCAGAACAUCACAAAACUCCAAUAUCUUCAGUCAUUCUGGUCUAACAAUCUCCUAAAAAAAUCUUGUUGGUGUUGACCCAAGAUUGUCAGUCAGUUCCCAUGUCUGGAACUGUGUGACCCUGAACAAGGCAGGCAAGUUAAGCAUAAAUAUUACCUAUAAAUGGUCAUAACAUAACCUGAUCUUAUAAGUCACCUUGGAUGAAGGACUGCUUUCUCUUGCUUUGGUCAUCAACCCUAACGCUGUUUUGUCACAGCAGUGGUCCACUGCUUCUUUUUCCUUGCUUUCUCCUAAUUGAUACAGUGAACAUUUUCAAUCAUCAGGCUGAUGUACUGCCUCCUUGCUCUGCCUUCUAGCAUAUAAGAACAUAAGGCAUUUUAUACAAAUAAGAGGAGACCAUUUAGUCUAUCAGGCUUGUUUUUUUAGCUAACAGCUAAAUUCCAAUAUCUCACCUAGAUACUUCUUGAAAGUUGUCAAGGUUUUGGCCUCAACUCCACGUCUCGGUAGUUUGCUCCAGAUUCCAACAUCUCUUUGAAUAAAGAAGUGCUUCUUGGCUUCAAUCUUAAAUGCACUCCCAGUGCCCAUUCAAAAUUAUCAGAUGGUGAGUGAGAUCAGAUUUGUACUCUUCUUAACCAGAAGGUCCCAUAUUUUCCUUUUCUCCUCUCUUCUCGUUGAGGAACACCUUCAUUUGUAACCUGAUUGAUCCACCGUAUCUAUCUAUCUAUUUGCCCUACCAAUUAUUCUGUUGUCUCUUAUGAAUGCAGUCCACAUUUCAUUUAUGUACAAUGCUCAGCUCCAUACAAAAGUCCUCAAAAAUAACACCCUAACCUGACCACCAUUAUCUUUCACCUCUGCGACAAGUGUCUUGCUGUGAAAUAAGCUUUACUCCAGAUGUGAUAUGGCCCAUGUUGGCAAAAAUGUUCCACUUUUGACUCGUUUGCCCAUUUCACAAGUUCUUUUGAUAAUCAUCCUGGUAAUUUAUUUUGUAAGUCUCUUCACUGGUUUUCAGGUAAUACAUCCCAUUAAUAUAACACAAUAUAGUUUUUUUUCUUAUUUAAUGCAUUCAUUUUGCUCCCUUCUUCUCUUUGAAUUGUAUGAUGCCUGCUACAUUCUCAGACCUGUCUAAUUUAAUUCAUAAUCAGCAGGGAAUGGGCAGAAUUGGGUGCAAGGCAGGAUACAACCCAGGAUAGAGCACCAUGCCAAUGCAAGGCCCGCUCUCACGCACCCACAAUGGCCCAAUUUGGAAUCACUAAUUAACCUAACAUGCAUGUCUUUAGGAUACGGGUGAAAAACCACAAUACCUGGAGAAAAGCAUACAGACAUGGAGUGAAUGUGCAGACUUUACAUGGACAACAAUCAAGUAAACUACAUAAGUAAAGCACUGAACAGAAAGGAAAGUCUAACUAAAAUGUAAAGGCUACGUCCAUAUUGAUGGUGUUUUUAAACAAAAAUGAUCUUCAUCCACAUUAAAGUUUUCACCUCAUUUAUGAAAGUUUCUCCGUCCACAACAAUAUGACUGAAAAUAAAUGUGGCAUAUGUUUUCCUACACUAGAAAUCCUUGAAGGUAUGGUAAUGUUGCUGGCUGUGGGAUUUAUCACAAAACUGUAUUGGCUGGUAAAUGAUUUGACUUUUGCGCAUUCGUGCAGCAUUCAAACUGUACAAAACAGAAUUUAGAUGCAUGCAGGAAAGCAACACAAAAAGUGCCAUGCAAAGCAACUCUUCUGUGACUGCUAUGUUGCAAUAUGAUUUUCUUCCAUGAAGUGUGACCAAUCAGGGAAUGUGAUGAUGUAAUAAGCAUAAUCCAAUCAGGGAAGGGCUGCAUAAGCAUCAACAAAUAGUGUUGUUAGAAUCUGUGUUUUUAAGAGCUUCCCUCUUCACCUGUCCACUUUGCAAUGCUGAGCCUGUGUUUUCAGAAGUAUACGGUUCUGGAGAGCAUUUUCAAAUGUCUCAGUUUUUGGGGGGUUAAAAAUAUCAGGGUAAUGGGAAAGAAAGACAAAAACAGAGACUAAAGUUUGCAUUUUUAAAUGACAAGGUAGUAGUGUGGACAUAGCCUAAGACUGCUCAAGAGGAUGAAAGGAAGAAUGGUGUCCAGGAAUGAUGGCCUUAUCCAGUAAAAUAACUAGACAGAUCCUUAUUGAAUAAACUUUUUAAAUUUAUUAACAUAUAUGCACUAUAUUUAACUUUAUUGUUUCCAAAUUCAGAUAAGGUAACACAUCUUUUAGCCACUGAGAAAUGGAGAGGGAUGGAGGAAUCUUCUAACUGAACAAAUUUAGAUGAAGUGACAAAAGCCACAUUUGCAGGAUGUGUUUUCCAUCUCGAGUAAUUAAAAAAGAAAAAUGUACGAGGGUCAAUGAACAUUCAUCACGGUACAUUUUCACAAACAGCUCUUCACAUGUGUUAUCAGUGGUUAGCAUUGCUUCACUACUAUAGAUUACAAUUGUGCUUGGCCUCUUUCUGAUGAUGGACUCACCAUCACCUUAGCUGUGGCAAGUCACGGAUGAAACCUACUGGAGAUCAUCAUUGUGAAAAUUCAUAUCAUGUCUUGGAAAAUUUUGACUGGAUGGCCCUUCCAGGGAAGAUUUUCUCAGUAUUUAAGCCUUUGGAGUGGUGGAACCUUAAAAAUAUCUUUGUAGUCACUUCCAGAUGGACAUGACAUGUUGAGAUUUUGAAGAAUCAAGGUUGUCUGUGGUGUAUUUGCCUCAACUUAACUGUGAUGGUAAGAGCCUACACCAGACAGAUUUAUUCUGUAUGGGCAGCCCUAAUUUUGGCCUAAGUUUUAACUAAAGCACACAAACAGCAGAUUCAGAUUAUCCAUUAAUUGAGUUGAGGUCAAUAACUUUCUCACAUGCCUGAUUAUCUUGUAUACCAAACGUUUAAGUCUUUAUUUCCAUUAGACUCUCUUCCAGAUUCAGUAAAAAGCUCUAAAAGGUCUUGUGAAAUUAAAUGUGGAAAUUAUGCAAUAAUGCAAAAAAUGGGACAAGGGGACAUCUGCUGCUCCUAUUCUGGCCCUUUUGAAUGAUGCCAUUAUGUAAUACUCCCUGCCCUGACACCAAGCCCAGUGCCAGAGCUCUGGCCAGAUCAAUAACAUAAUAUUCUCAAAACCACUUAAUCCAAUAUAAUGUUGCAUGGGGCUGUAGUUUAUUAAGACAGCAUCUCGCACAAAGCAGGAAUUUAACCCUGAACAGAACGCCAACCCACCAUAGGGCCUACUCUCAUGCACGCCUAUGGGGUCGUGAGAGGAAAACCCACACAGAUAAGAGGGAAAUGUGUAAAGCCCACACAAACAAUGAGUCGAUGAGACAACAACUUUUAAUUGCUGAGCAACCAUGUCUUCCCCUGUUUAGUAUUCCAGGUCUAGAUGGAAAGAAGGAGCAUCAGCUACAUUCUGCCUGAUCUGAACAGUUUUCUUGGGGAUGCUUAUGGACUAGUUUGGCCAGAUUGGGGUUUGAAGUGUUCACUAUUCUAUGUGCUGAAGCUAAUAAAGAACUGUUGUCCUAAA